CUGGGGUAACAGAAACCCGCGUGGCGCCGGCGAGCAGAAGCGGCGCGGUGGCGGGGGCUUCAGGCAGUCCCGGCAGUUGUUUCGGUUGACAGCGUGACUGGUGGGAGAUGCGCCCGCCACCUGAGGCGAGGAGCCAGAGCGAGAGUUAGCGUUUGGAAGGCAGUUUGGUGCUGGGGCUCAGCUGCAGUCGAGCAGUCAGAUCAUGGGCCCGACCAACCCCUGGGGAGAAUGGUUCCUGAGCCUGCGGGUGCCCCCCGUCGGAGUGUUUGGUGUGGCCUUCCUUACCCGAGUCGCCCUGGUUUUCUACGGGGUCUUCCAGGACCGGACCCUGCUCGUGAGGUACACAGACAUCGACUACCAGGUCUUCACGGACGCCGCGCGUUUCGUCACGGAAGGACGCUCCCCUUAUCUGCGGGCCACCUACCGUUACACUCCAUUGUUAGGGUGGCUCCUCACUCCCAACAUCUACCUCAGCGAACUCUUUGGGAAGUUCGUCUUCAUCAGCUGCGACCUCCUCACCGCUUUCCUUUUAUACCGCCUGCUGCUGCUGAAGGGGCUGGGCCGACGCCAGGCUUGCGGUUACUGUGUGUUUUGGCUUCUUAACCCCCUCCCUAUGGCGGUAUCCAGCCGAGGCAAUGCGGACUCGAUCAUCGCUUCCCUGGUGAUUAUGGCCCUGUACCUAAUAGAAAAAAGACGCGUCGCGUGUGCCGCUGUGUUCUACGGUUUCGCAGUGCAUAUGAAGAUGUACCCGGUCACCUACGUCCUACCCAUAGCCCUGCACUUGCUUCCAGAACGCGACGAUGACCAAAGCCUCUGCCAAUCCCGGUGUUCGUUCCAGGCUCGUUUUUACGAAUUCCUGAAGCGGCUGUGUAAUCGGGCUGUGCUGCUCUUUGUAGCAGUGGCUGGACUAACGUUUUUUGCCCUGAGCGCCGGUUUUUACUAUAAAUACGGUUGGGAAUUUUUGGAGCACACCUACCUUUAUCACCUGACGAGGCGGGAUAUCCGUCACAACUUUUCGCCAUACUUCUACAUGCUGUAUUUGACCGCAGAGAGCAAAUGGAGUUUUUCCCUGGGAAUUGCGGCCUUCCUGCCACAGUUCAUCUUGCUUUCAGCAGUGUCUUUCGCGUAUCAUAGAGACCUUGUUUUUUGUUGUUUUCUUCAUACCUCCAUUUUCGUGACGUUUAACAAAGUCUGCACCUCCCAGUACUUUCUUUGGUACCUCUGCCUACUGCCCCUUGUGAUGCCACUAGUGAGAAUGCCUUGGAAAAGAGCUUUAGUUCUCCUAAUGUUAUGGUUUAUAGGGCAGGUCUUAUGGCUGGCUCCUGCAUAUGUUCUUGAGUUUAAAGGAAAGAACACCUUUCUUUUUAUCUGGUUAGCUGGUUUGUUCUUUCUUCUUAUCAAUUGCUCUAUUCUAAUUCAAAUUAUUUCCCAUUACAAGGAGGAAUCCCUGACAGAGAGACUCAAAUAUGACUAAUAUAUGCUCCAGUUCUUCUGCCACUUCUGUUUACAUUCUGACUGUUCUGAAUGAACCAGAAAAGAGCUUCAGAAAAAUUUUCAAACAUCCUAAGUACUGCUAGUGAAAGUUCAGUUUGGAGCAUAAAACCCUGUUCCAACAGAAAUUAAAAUGUAAUCAUGUUUCAUGCAUUUGUUUUAUAACCAUUUACUCCCAGCGGUAUUAGACUGACAUUUAGUUUUGUACAAAGAGGAUUAAAUUUAAAUUAACCCAUCUUUAAAUUUGAGUUAUUAUAUAUUUUAAAAUAGCCUCUUGCUUUUGAUGUUUGAGGUCUGCAAACUAUUAGGACAUUUUAGUGUUCUCUUAUACUCCUUUGUUUUUAAUUUUCUGAUUACUAAAACAAUAUUUUUCAUCUAAAAUUUAACUUAAUAUCAAGUGUUAUUUGUAUUGUAAAAAUGAACAUUGGAUUUUAGGUGAUAAAAAAAUUGUUAGUAAGGCAUUUCCCGGCUUAAAAGUACCUCACUUAUGAAAAUUCCAUGAUAGAAAUGGAGACCCUGCAUGGGAGGCUCCUGGAAAGCAUAAGAAGCAUCCUAAAUAUCCGUUAGCCUUCUAGACCAGGAAAUUGAGGGAGAAGUUGUGGAAAUGAGGCUUUGCAGAUCCAUUUCCCUUAUUACUUUAAUAUUUCUGGGGGAAAAGGCUUUCUGAGUUUCAACCAAGCAACCUAAAAAAAAAA